AUGGCUUUCCUUUGGGUUCUCUCUUGCCUUGCCUUCAUCGGCACCGCUUCUGUUCAGAGUUGUGGUGUCCCGGCCAUCUCUCCUGUUAUCUCAGGCUAUGCGAGGAUUGUGAAUGGUGAGACUGCUGUUCCCGGAUCAUGGCCCUGGCAGGUCUCCAUGCAGCAAACAAAUGGCUUUCACUUCUGUGGUGGCUCCCUGAUCAACGAAAACUGGGUUAUAACUGCAGCCCACUGCAGUGUGGGCACCAGCCAUAUUGUGGUCGUUGGAGAUUACAACAAAUGCACCUCGGAUGCCAAAGCUCAGUUUAUUCCAGUCGCUAAGGCUUUUACUCAUCCCAAGUGGAGCCCCAGCACCAUCAAUAACGACAUCACCCUGGUCAAGCUGUCUUCACCUGUUACAUUCAGUGCCGAAGUCUCCCCCGUCUGCCUUGCUUCAGCUCAAAAGACCUUCGCUCCUGGCAAGAUGUGCGUCACCACAGGAUGGGGUCUGACUCGUCCCUCUGCUUUUAGAACACCUUGCAUCCUGCAACAGGCAUCUCUCCCUCUCCUGAGCAACGUCCAAUGUCAAAAUUUCUGGGGCAACAAGAUCUCUGAAGUGAUGGUUUGUGCUGGUGCUUCAGGUGCAUCUUCCUGCAUGGGUGACUCAGGUGGACCUCUUGUCUGCCAGGAGGGAGCAUCCUGGUAUCUGACAGGAAUCGUGUCCUGGGGUAGUGGCAGAUGCUCCACAAGCAUUCCCGGAGUUUACGCCCGUGUGGCUGAACUCCGCGGUUGGAUCGAUGAGAUACUCGCCAGAAACUAACAAGG